AUGGCACCACGAAGAAGGAAGCAACUCUACGAGGACGUUCAAACCAUCAUGCUUAAUUGGGACAUUACAUCUUUCGAUAAAUGUUUACCGAAGACUCUAUGUCCCAACCACAACCAGGAGUGGAGGGAAUGGAGUAAUGAAUUCAUGGGACUUUUGAGUUCAAUUGCAUCAACACCCAACACUACCCAUCCGGACUUUAAGAAAAGAUUAAGGAAGACAAUACAGAUACGCAAAGAGAAGGAUAGCUCUGCUGUUGGUAGCAAUGAAGUGGAUUUGAAAACCGUUUUGGAAGAAUAUAGAAGUGAGGCUGAGAAGACAAGCGCUGAUACCGCGCACCCUGGACCGAGUUCACAAGAGAAGCCUGUCAACCGCACUACUCGCCAAGCAAGCAUUCAGAUUCCCAAAACACCAAUGAAUCAGGAAGAUGAGGACGAGUAUGAAGAAGAAGAAGGAUCUUCCGAGCCCCUCGCCGGCGGAAAAUACCAAUAUCUUAACGGCGUCAAACCCGUCAAGGUAGACUUGAAUCCUGAAGCAUCUGCUGCAAAGAAGCCCACGCGGCCAAAACCGGCAACGAGAGGUAAACGACGAAAAGCAGAUGAGGAAUCAGUGUCAGAUCCUCUUGCAGCAGAACUCCCAAGUCAGAUCCACCAAGAUCCAGAUCCCAGGGCACCAGAUGAUACUGGUUUUCUUUCGGACCUUGAUGGUGAUGGAAUGGAUUUGGGAGGAAGAAAAAGGAAGAAGCGGUUAUCAAGACUCCAACAACAAAGAGUUAGAGAGCCGCAUUGGCAGAUGGAAAUGGAUAAUACUGCUGCUGAUGUCCCGGACCUAGAUGAUGGUCUUGACACUCCAACCUUUCGUAGAGAUGUCAAAGUUCCUUCGAAUGUUGGUACAGGAGAUGUAGAGGAUUCGUUUAUGGGUAACAAGGAAGACGUGGCCAUGAAGAACACAGAGGACAUGCCUGUUUCGGGUGCGGAAGACUCACCUGUUCAUACCGGACAGGAUGUCAUUAUGAACGACGGCGAGGACGUGGAAUUGGAACUGGAGAAUUUACCUGAAAUACCGGAGAAUGCGACGGUCGCGGAGAGAAGGGAAAUGGAAGAGUUGAGAUUGAAGAUGGAGCAACGGGUGUGGAGAAUCAAGGUACUGAGGAUCAAAGAAAGGGAGCGUGGUGGUAGCGAGAUGACUGAGCAAGAUGGAAGUAGUGUGAAUGCGGAGAAUGAUGCGGCGAGCAACGGUAGAGUGUUAAGGAAACGAAGGGGGAAGUAG